CCAUUCCAUACUUCUGUGCCCCAUGUGUUUUUUCCUCUUAAUCCAUUCCUUUAAAAAAUAAAUCUGUUGGCAAUGUAAAAAAAACAAAGAAAAUUGAGAGCUGUCAGCAUAUCCGUGAUACUUGUAGCUGUGGGCGAGGAUGGGGAGUGUGGACGCCACAGAAAGACAUCCGCACAGCUGGAGAUGAGGGCACCCGCCAGCAGGGUAGGACAGCCAAGGAGUCGGCUCUGGAAAGCUAAGUGAACAGAGUGUUGUGGCAGAGGGCGAUCGAUUGCAUCAAGUGCUGCUUGGUGGGUCAAGAGCCAUGGAGAUGAGGAACUGAGUUAGCCACAGGAAGUCAUCGGACACUCGAGCAGCAGAGGUCCCCGCUGACGGAAGUGAAGGCAAACAUAGCGCCGAAGACGCGCCUGAUCAAGGCCCCCUCCAGACUUCCUCUCUCGGGAAGCAGGCUCAAGAGGGGGCCGGAGCAGAUGGAGACCGCCUUGGAGCCUGCGAAGAAGCGGACUCGAGGCCUGGGCCCAGCACCCAAGAUGGACACCUUGCGCCCAAGAGCACCAGCGCUCGGCACAGUAUCACAGAGCCAAGGGCAGACUGCAGCUCAAAGAUUUCCCAGGAAGACAGGACCGUGCCCCCCAGCCACAGCACUGAAGAAUCAGAGGCCAGUGCCCACCGUUCCUGCCCAGAAGCCUGCCGCAUCCACGGCUCCUCCUGUGGUGGCAGCCAAGAAACCCAGCAAACGUCCCGGCUGGGACUUAAAGGGUCAGUUGUGUGACCUCAACGCAGAGCUGAAACGCUGCCGAGAGAAGGUGCAAACGCUGGGCCAGGAGAACCAGCAGCUGCGGGACCAGCUCCGAGAGUCCCAGCAGCAGGCCAGUGCCCUGGGGGUGGAGCGCCACAGCCUGGAGGGGGAGUUGGCCCGGGUUCAGGCCCAGGCGGAGCAGGACCAGCAGGAGCUGGGGAGUCUGAGGGCCCGAGUCCUGCAGCUGGAAGAACAGCUGGGCACGCAGGAGGUCUUGGUGCACGUGCUCCAGAAGGAACAGCUGGAGCUGCAGGAGGAGCGGAAGACACUGACCUCCCGACUGGAACAGCAGGAGAGGAGGCUGCAGGCAUCAGAAGCAGCGUUGUCGAGCAGCCAGGCGGAGGUAGCAUCUCUGCGCCAGGAGACUACAGCCCAGGCAGCCUUACUGACUGAGCGAGGAGACCGUCUCCAUGGGCUAGAGAUGGAGCGCCGGCGACUUCACAACCAGCUGCAGGAACUCAAGGGCAACAUCCGGGUAUUCUGCCGGGUCCGCCCCGUUCUUGCAGGAGAGCCCAACCCAUCCCCUGGCUUCCUCUUGUUUCCCCCCGGGCCUGGAGGGCCCUCUGAUGUCCCCACCCGCCUUAGCCUCUCCCGCUCUGAUGAUCGGCGUGGGACCCUGACUGGGGCUCCAGCCCCACCUAGCCGUCACGACUUCUCCUUUGACCGGGUGUUCCCACCGGAAAGUAGGCAGGAGGAAGUGUUUGAAGAGAUCGCCAUGCUUGUCCAGUCGGCUCUGGAUGGGUACCCAGUAUGCAUCUUUGCCUAUGGCCAGACAGGAAGUGGCAAGACCUUCACAAUGGAGGGUGGGCCUGCGGGAGACCCCCAGUUGGAGGGGCUGAUCCCUCGGGCCCUGCGGCAUCUCUUCUCUGUGGCUGAGGAGAUGAGUGGCCAAGGCUGGACUUACAGCUUUGUGGCAAGCUAUGUAGAGAUCUACAAUGAGACUGUCCGUGACCUGCUAGCCACUGGGUCCCGGAAGGGCCAAGGAGGCGAGUGCGAGAUCCGCCGGGCAGGACCAGGCAGCGAGGAGCUUACUGUCACCAAUGCCCGCUACGUCCCUGUCUCCUGUGAGAGAGAGGUGAGGGCCCUGCUUCAGCUGGCCCACCAGAACCGGGCCGUGGCCCGCACAGCCCAGAACGAGCGGUCGUCCCGCAGCCACAGCGUGUUCCAGCUGCAGAUUUCAGGGGAGCACGCUGCCCGGGGCCUGCAGUGUGGGGCCCCUCUCAACCUCGUGGACCUGGCUGGGAGCGAGCGGCUCGACUCCAGCCUCACCCUGGGCCCCGGGGAGCGGGACCGCCUGCGGGAGACACAGGCCAUCAACAGCAGCCUGUCCACCCUUGGGCUGGUCAUCAUGGCCCUGAGCAACAAGGAGCCCCACGUUCCUUACCGGAACAGCAAGCUCACCUACCUGCUGCAGAACUCUCUGGGUGGCAGCGCCAAGAUGCUCAUGUUCGUGAACAUCUCCCCGCUUGAGGACAACGUCUCCGAGUCUCUCAACUCUCUGCGCUUUGCCUCCAAGGUGAACCAGUGUGUUAUUGGUACUGCCCAGGCCAACAAGAAAUGAAGAUGGCACCAGAGCCCCUCUGUGUUUGUGUGUCUGGAUUGGGAGGGGAUGGAUUUCUGCGGGAUUGUUCGGUAAAGGGCACUAUGUACUCGGUUUAUCAAAUAAAGAACACUGCUGGGCCUGG